CAGACGCGCUAGCAGAAGGGGAAGGGAAUGGGCUCCGCAUGUAGAAAAAUCGUCCCGGGUGACAGAGCCCCUGCAUCUCUUCAAACCUCAAGUUCUUGCCUGUAAAAUGCAGACAAUGAGAAUGCGCAGCUUGUGGGGCCGUGGGGAGGUUUGAGGCCAGUGCUGUUUUGUAUGGCAGCAUCUAGCCACAUGCGGCUAUUUAAAUUCAUUAAUUAAAGUUGAAUAAGGUCUUAAAUAUUCAGCUCCUCGGUCGCACUAGCCACAUUUCAAGUGCUUACAGUGGACGGCACAGCUAGAGAACAUUUCUGUCACUGUGGGAAGUUCCACUGGGCAGCGCUGGUUUAGACCAUCUACGUAAAGCGCUCAGGCCUGCACAGGGCACCCACCGUGUGCUGCCAUAAUUCAUCAGAAGGGCAGGAGCCAUGGCUUCACGUCAAGUUCUGCUCUCCCACAAGGGCCAGGAAGGCCCGGUAAAAAGCGAGCUUUGGCUUACAAGGUCAUGGCUUCCGGCUUCUUGGACCUGAGGCUCCCAUGGAGGAAAUGACUGUCAGGAAUCUUGCUCCAGAUCUGUUACAGAGACUGAACCUUUGCAGGGCGCGAUCUUGCCCGGGACAGGAAAGUUUUUCUCUUUGAAGGGCUUUACAUUUGUAACAAAGAAAAUAAAGAUGACGACUUCGUCUAUCAGACGGCAGAUGAAAAACAUUGUGAACAAUUACUCAGAAGCCGAAAUAAAAGUCCGGGAAGCCACCUCCAAUGACCCGUGGGGCCCGUCCAGCUCUCUGAUGACUGAGAUUGCGGAUCUGACCUACAACGUGGUGGCCUUCUCAGAGAUCAUGAGCAUGGUGUGGAAGCGGCUCAAUGACCAUGGCAAGAACUGGCGGCACGUGUACAAGGCGCUGACACUGCUGGACUACCUCAUCAAGACAGGCUCCGAGCGCGUGGCCCAGCAGUGCCGUGAGAACAUCUUCGCCAUCCAGACCCUGAAGGACUUCCAGUAUAUCGACCGUGAUGGCAAGGACCAGGGCAUCAAUGUGCGCGAGAAGUCAAAGCAGCUGGUAGCCCUCCUCAAGGAUGAGGAGCGGCUGAAGGCCGAGAGGGCCCAGGCUCUCAAAACCAAAGAGCGCAUGGCCCAGGUCGCCACUGGCAUGGGCAGCAACCAGAUCACCUUUGGCCGCGGCUCCAGCCAGCCCAACCUCUCCACCAGCUACUCAGAGCAGGAGUACGGCAAGGCUGGGGGAUCACCGGCCUCUUACCAUGGCUCCACUUCCCCGCGGGUGUCCUCCGAGCUGGAGCAGGCCCGGCCCCAGACCAGCGGAGAAGAGGAGCUGCAGCUGCAGCUGGCACUUGCCAUGAGCAGAGAAGUAGCAGAGCAGGAAGAACGCCUCAGGCGGGGUGAUGACCUCAGAUUACAGAUGGCCCUAGAAGAGAGCCGAAGAGACACAGUUAAAGUUCCAAAAAAGAAAGAGCAUGGCUCCCACCCACAGCAGACCACUCUGUUGGAUUUAAUGGAUGCCCUUCCCAGCUCGGGCCCUGCUGCCCAGAAAGCAGAGCCCUGGGGCCCAUCAGCUUCAGCUAACCAGACCAACCCCUGGGGUGGGCCAGUGGCCCCAGCCAGCACAUCGGACCCCUGGCCAUCAUACGGUGCCAAGCCAGCUGCCUCUGUCGACCCAUGGGGAGUGCCCACCGGUGCCAGCACACACUCCAUCUCCAAGAGCUCAGACCCCUGGGCAGCCCCGCAGCAGCCUGCCCCCAGUGCUGGGAAAACAGCUGACGCCUGGGCUGCAGCCUCGACUGCCAAGCCUGUGUCCGCCUCUGGGGCCUUUGAUCUCUUCAGUAAUUUGAAUGGUACAAUUAAAGAUGACUUUUCUGAAUUUGACAACCUCCGAACUUCAAAAACAACAGCUGAGGUAGUGACCUCUCCACCAUCGCAAAACAAUGGAACUACAAGCCCUGACCCCUUUGAGUCCCAGCCCCUGACCAUCGCCUCGAGCAAGCCCAGCAGUGCCCGGAAAACACCCGAGUCCUUCCUGGGCCCCAACGCAGCCCUGGUGAACCUGGACUCGCUGGUGACCAGGCCAGCCCCACCAGCCCAGUCCCUCAACCCUUUCCUGGCACCAGGCGCAGCUGCGGCUUCGGCCCCUGUCAACCCCUUCCAAGUGAACCAGCCCCAGCCACUGACGCUGAACCAGCUGCGAGGGAGCCCGGUCCUGGGGUCCAGCACUUCCUUCGGGCCUGGCCCGGGAGUAGAGCCCAUGGCUGUGGCCUCCAUGACCUGCACAGCCUCACACCCAGCUCUGGGGGUCAGCAGUUCCUCCCUGACGCCACUGGGCCCCACAGCGAUGAACAUGGUGGGCAGCAUGGGCAUCCCCCCAUCGGCUGCUCAGGCCACCGGCACAACCAACCCUUUCCUUCUCUAGUGCCCGGGCUGGGGACCCGCCGCAGAGCGAGUGCCCAGAGCAUCUGCGCCCGAGGACGCCGAGCAGGGACUGUCGUUUGUGGAAUGGUGUCUGAGAGUUGGGGUGGGUGUUAGGGAUUUCCAGUUCCGGCUUCCUGAUCAAGGGUUGUCUUUACAGCCCUGACCCUCGGACUCAGUGGUGGCAGGCUUGCUGAGACAUGAGACAGAGCACGCAGGUCUCCACGCCGUCUCAGGUGCCUGCUCACCUGUCCCCAGUCCGCAGCCUGCAUCACGCGGGCCCGCCCCUGACCCAGCCUGGCCACCCUCCCCGCCGCCUCCCGAGCACGGGGCCCUGGCUCCUGUGGAGAUGGCUGGCUCUCUGGGGCUGUGGAUGAGGAGGCGGGAGUCCUCGGUGUUGCCCUUGCCCCCAGCCUCAGCCUGAGGGUCUUUGGGUCUCUGCCUCACCCAGGACUUGGGAUGGCCGCCUCGUCUUUGUCCCCCAGCCCCAGCGACACCCCAGGCGUCCCAGUGUGACAGAUGAAGUGCCGCUCCAUCAGACCCUGACCUCCAUCAGACCCUGACCGUUUAGGGAAGUGGUUGUGCAUAUUUUUCUUCGACUCGUGUGUGAGUUCAAAGUAAACAGCACCGCUGUGGAACAACUUGGAUUAAGUCCACUAGAGCAAGCUUUAAACUAACCUGAGCAUAACCCUGCCACACGGCUCUAUGCUUGUACACGUUUGCACAUAUUUUGUUUAGUACAGUUUCAUAUUUGAGUUUGCAGAAUUAUCUAAUAGUCUUUUUUUGGCUAAUAUUUUUAUAACGUGGUUCUUAUUUAACUGUCUAGUUUUGAUAGAAUUUACCAGGUCUGGCUGAAUUAAGAUACGGGCACGUGUCAUGUUAGUGGUUUAAAUCCUCUUAUUUAUGGUUUUAACUCUGUAAGAAAAUUUAAAGAGGAAGAGUCAGAAAAAAUGCCGUAUGGGAACUAAAGCAAAUUCUUUACAGGGAAAAAUAUGGGAAUUUGAUUACACAUAAAAGAUGAUGUUUAUUUAAAAAGAAAGAAACUACAACAGCAGCAAAAAAUCCUAGCCUCCUUGCCUUUUCCUUUCUUGAACUCCCCUUUUUGGUGAAUUACCAAACAGAUUGACUUUCAGCCUUUUGGGCUAGAUCCUAAGAGAGAGGCUAUUUUUCUUACUGAGAUAUCAAUAUCAAGGAAGUUAAAAAAAUGUAGUGUAUGAAUGUGACUCACCAGUUUGUAUCAGCGAAUUCCCUUUUGUAAGGCACGCACGGAUUAACAAGGACUUCCGCUUACAGUGGAGAGCCGAGACGGAGGAGCCGUCUUGAACCUGUGUCUGGUCUCCUCUCACUGCAUGCUCAGGGUAGAGAUGGGGAGAGUGGAGACAGCAGUUGUCUGGGGGGCAGUGGCGCGUCUGUGCCCUUGGCUCCCUGGGUGACGGUCCCUGGGCUGAGACGAGGUAAGGGCCCAGGGCUGCCUUGACCCACCCACCUUGCAGUCACACAUUGCAGACUUAAAAUAAUCAUCUCUUAUUUUGGAGAGGAAGAAGAAAAAUCAUUCUCACACAGAAUAGAUUUUUAACAAAUAUGCACUAAUAUUAGCUCCCUCUUCCAACCUCCUACUUUCCUUACCCCACCCGCCACUAUCAAAAGAGUAUUGAGUCACAAAUUAAAUACAGAAAAGACUUGCUUCUCCCCAGGGAAGGGACAUUCCGCCUGAAUUCUGUGUCCGGUCAGCUUGCUUGGCAGGCGUUGCAGUCUCCCUUUCCACUGUGGACUUCUCAGCUCCAAGGGCAGCCGACCACCUGGUGGUCCCUCCGAGGAGGGAUGGGGCCCCUCCACCCCUCUCUCUGGUUCCAGAGGAGAUCUGACCCUCAGCACUGGGCCCAGGAGAGAUGGAAAGUGCCGGGAGGCGUGCAGGCUGAUUCAGAGCUGCCCGCUGAGGCCCUCUCCUGUUGCCUGUGUGAAAGAGCUCACCUAUGCCGCUCCUCGAGGCUGCCCUAGGGCCCCUGGAGCCACCUGUCCAGAGCUCCUGCCCAGCCACGCCUCUGCCAGAACCGGAGGCCUGGGGCUGGACUGGGGGCUCUGAAGUCAUUCACGCCGCGUCUGGCCUCAUCCGGCCUGGGGGAGGGUGGAGGCGGGGCAGGACUCGGGCAGGAUGCUGCCCCAGGGAGGUGCCGUCACUCCAGCCAUGCAGCCCUGACCACCUCACCCACCAGUAGACCUCACUCGACUCCUUGGGUCAGUGAUUCUUUUGUAACAGUCAAGAGCCCUUCCUGAUGUGGCUUUGAGGCCCCAACAUUACAGCCACUGGGCCACCAAGGCCCAAGAAGACUCCUGCCCCGCCUCCCGGCACAGGCCCGUCCCCAGGCGCCUCGUCCCUGUUGCCCGCUGCACUGAUCAUGAAGCCACCGGCCACUGCCACGCAUGUUGUACACAUGCCAUCAAGCUCCCUCCUGAUGGGCACCGUGGUAGGAGCGUCACCCAGCUGUUUUCCCAGUCCCAGGGGCCGGUGGCUGGUUUUGAACUUGUGUUGACUAUUGAUACUUAUUUACUGUAUAAAUAUAAUUUAUCAUUUGUAUCAUGA